AUGGUUAAAAGCAAUUCCUACUCCAACUCAUCAAUGCCUCGGUCAGUGUCCUCGAGUCCUAUCAACUCCGACGCCAGUAUUGACAUCAAUGAUGACGACGAAGACAUGUCUCGGUCACCAAAACGAGAACCACUUUCAUCACCGCUUAUACAUCCGAACGGUUCCAUGAAUUGCAGUAAACCAUCGAAACUAUCAUUCAGUAUAAGUCGCUUAUUGGGAGCCAAUAGUGACUCUAAACACAAUCAAAGCGGCACUACAUCUGAAGGGGAGUCGGAAUCUCCGUCAUCCCUGUGCUCUCAGUGCCCGUCGACUGAAAACAAUGCAAUCGUCUCAUCGUAUCCCUCGUCCUCAUCGCCGGACUCCAAAUGCCAGUCCCAUCGCAUGACUGUCAGCCCCUACGACCACUUGACUGGCGGCGCGUCCGUCAUACGAGUGCCCGCACACAGACCGCCACCGACUAUGCCUUACACUACACACUACCCCUGGUUAGGACCCACACCUCCCACACUCAUUAAAGAUGGCUUACAAAUGUCCUCGAGUCCUAUCAACUCCGACGCCAGUAUUGACAUCAAUGAUGACGACGAAGACAUGUCUCGGUCACCAAAACGAGAACCACUUUCUUCGCCGCUUAUACAUCCGAACGGUUCCAUGAAUUGCAGUAAACCAUCGAAACUAUCCUUCAGUAUAAGUCGCUUAUUGGGAGCCAAUAGUGACUCUAAACACAAUCAAAGCGGCACUACAUCUGAAGGGGAGUCGGAAUCUCCGUCAUCCCUGUGCUCUCAGUGCCCGUCGACUGAAAACAAUGCAAUCGUCUCAUCGUAUCCCUCGUCCUCAUCGCCGGACUCCAAAUGCCAGUCCCAUCGCAUGAUUGUCAGUCCCUACGACCACUUGACUGGCGGCGCGUCCGUCAUACGAGUGCCCGCACACAGACCGCCACCGACUAUGCCUUACACUACACACUACCCCUGGUUAGGACCCACACCUCCCACACUCAUUAAAGAUGGCUUACAAAUGCCGUUUCCAUUGGGUCCGGGUCUGCCUCCAGUGCCGGCGCGACGCAUAGGACAUCCCUAUCAGAACCGGACGCCACCGAAGAGGAAGAAGCCGAGGACUUCGUUCACUCGGAUGCAGAUCUGCGAACUUGAGAAGAGAUUUCAUAAACAAAAAUAUUUAGCAUCGGCUGAGAGGGCAUCCCUGGCCAAGACACUUAAGAUGACCGACGCUCAGGUCAAGACCUGGCGACAAACAGCUGAGGAAAGAGAGGCUGAAAGACAGGCCGCCAAUCGACUGAUGAUGUCAUUGCAGGCCGAAGUGGUGUCAAAAUCGAUGUACGGAUCGGGACAGUCGGCUGCCGAGCACAGCGCCGGUAUGGCGGCCCAUCACGCGGCGGCUCAGGCAGCGGCGGCCGUAGCGCGCGAUUCGUUGUGUUUGAGCUCUUCGUCUCUUCACGCACUCCAGAACCUGCAGCCCUGGGGUGGGGACAGUCAUCACGCAGCUAUGAUAGCUCAUCAUCACCACGAGAGAUCACCCUUUCCUAUGACAUCAGCCAUGUGUUAGUUACUAAAGUGGUAGCGAACCGGACGUAAGGCCGCAUUCAAAACACUAGUCGAUUGUGAACUACACCUCAGCAUUGAUUGCAAAGACAAUGAAAACCUAUCGAAGUAUCAAUAGUAAGCCCUAACUAUCACAACAUUAGUUCAAUAAAUGUAUAGUAAUAUGAUUAUCAUUACAUCGAUUGCAAAACCAAACAUCUUAUUUAAAUCUACUGUAAAAUAAAACAUCGAUAUACUGUAUCAUUAAAUAUAACACAACUUCCAG